CAGUGCGGAGCUGAGGACCUGUGUCGGGCGGUGUGCGUGCCUGUGUGCGUGCGUACGUCCCGUUUAGUCCGGUUGUGGUUUAGUUGUCCCGGUUGUAGAAGUGCCGCCGAACGGGAGGAGGAGCCGCGUCUGUGGGAGGAGAGGCGAGGUUCAGUCUUUAAAAAAUACAACAUAAAAUGGCUUCAAAAAGAGCUCUGGUUAUCCUGGCUAAAGGAGCGGAGGAGAUGGAAACGGUCAUCCCUGUAGAUGUCAUGAGACGAGCUGGAAUUAAGGUCACCAUUGCGGGUUUGACUGGAAAAGACCCUGUACAGUGCAGCCGAGACGUUGUUAUUUGUCCCGACGCCAGUCUGGAAGAUGCCAGAAAAGAGGGACCUUAUGAUGUGGUGGUUUUGCCAGGAGGUAAUCUGGGUGCACAGAAUUUAUCUGAGUCCGCCGCCGUGAAGGAGGUCCUGCGGGAGCAGGAGCGCCGGAAGGGCCUCAUCGCCGCCAUCUGCGCAGGUCCUACAGCUCUGUUGGCUCAUGAAAUAGGUUUUGGAAGCAAAGUUACAACACACCCACUUGCUAAAGACAAAAUGAUGAAUGGAAGUCAUUACAGCUACUCCGAGAGUCGCGUGGAGAAGGACGGCCUGAUCCUCACGAGCCGGGGCCCGGGGACCAGCUUCGAGUUUGCUCUUGCCAUCGUCGAGGCGCUGAAUGGCAAGGAGGCGGCCGAGCAGGUGAAGGCCCCGCUCGUGCUCCGAGAGUAGGCGCGGGCCCCAAGGGUGGGCCGGGGUGGGCCGCCUGCACCCUCCUGCCCGUCCGCCCUGUGGAGAGCCAGGCUCUGCCUCCUGCGUGUGGUCGCCAAGGUCCCUCCCAGAUGCCUCCACCCACAGCUUGUCCCCACAUUUCCAAACCUGGUCGCAGAAUAAACAGGACGUCCA